UCAUAUAUUUUAAAAGGUGACUUUUAAAAAAUAUAUAUUUUUGGGCCAACUUUAUUUUAGUAACAGGGAAGUAGACAAAAAGCAUGUUUUUAUAUGCAAGCACAAAAAAACAAUGUUUAUUUAAAUAACAAACACAAAAUGAAACUCUCAUAUACAGUAAUAUCAUAUCUCUACUUGAUUAUCAAAACUUUCUCAUGAAACGAAUCAGGCAAUGAAGAACCUUGUUCUCUUUUCAAGAGGAACAAAGUUUUGCUGAUUUCCAUUUUCUCCUACAGUAUUUCUGUUUAUAUCACACCUUAUUUUGUAAGUAAAUGUCAAUGCAAAAAGUGAUCCAUAUGAUCUGAAUGAGAACAUUAAAGUCAGGUUACCAUAGUAAAAUUAGACACUGGAAUGCCCAGAGUAAUACAUUCUGAGUGCAGGUCACUAGGUGAUAUUAUAUAUUUGCAUAUUUACAUUCACCUGACCGGUAAAGUUUCAGCUAGUUCAACAAGCAAAGGUGUGGCGUUGGCUCAUUACAUGUACAGAGAGCAGACAGAGAGCAAGACACUCCGCUAACACUCAGAUACAAGGAAAAGGGUUCUGUGAGUCUACAGAACUUCAGGUGUUCAAGAAAUUGAGGGCAGAAGAUGAAUAACAAUACGAUCUAUGACAAUGUUGCUCAUGUGAACUAUGGGUUCCAACACGAGGAACAGCGGCCUCCUCCAUAUGCCCAUUCAUCUGCUUUACCUCCUCAAUACCAGAAUACCUCUCCCUCAAAUCCAUCAGACAGAUACUCACCUGCUCAGAGCCUAAAUCAGUAUAUACCUCAAACAGCACCUGUAAAGACCCACUCCACUACCACACUGGGAUUCCACCAUGUCGUUAACAAAGUUCCCAGGAAAAGAAUAUGGCCGUAUGUCGUAGGCACUGUCAUCACCCUCCUUGUCAUUGCCGCGGUUAUAGCUGCAUUGCUUUGGUAUUUCGGUGUGUUCAAUUGUCAAGGGCGGCGCUGUACAUCAGAUAUGCAAUGCAUCAGCCACUCACAGUGGUGUAACGGCAUUCCAGACUGUCUAUCAGGAGAAGAUGAAGCUCACUGCUUUCGUCUGUAUGGAUCUAAUUUCAUUCUUCAGAUGUACUCAUAUGAAAGCCGUAACUGGGAGAACGUGUGUUCUUCUGGAUGGAACAACAACCUUGGAAGACAAGCUUGUGAGGAGAUCGGAUACAGCAGGGAUACCUAUGUAGGCUACGAAAAGAUUUCCUCAAGAGCAUUACUGGACAACACGAUGGUUAAGACAGAUUUUCUCAGCUCUUCCAAUCUGAAUAUGUCUACACAAUUUUUUCUGAUUAAAAGUUCAGACUGCCCAUCUAACAGUGUAGUGGCACUCAAAUGUAUUGAUUGUGGACACAAGCGUGAGAGUCGUAUUGUGGGCGGAACCACAGUGACCUCUAAGGGGGUGUGGCCAUGGCAGGUUAGCCUGCAAAUUGCAAGAAUACAUUUGUGUGGAGGGUCUGUUAUCACGCCGUACUGGAUCCUCACAGCAGCUCACUGUGUUUAUGAGUAUUCAGAUCCAAGGGACUGGACUGUGUACGCUGGAUAUCUGACUCGUCAGGAGAUGGGGUCCGCCACUGGCAAUUCUGUACGCCAAAUUGUUAUGCACCAAUUUGACCCGAAAACCAAUAACAAUGACAUUGCUCUGAUGAAGCUUAAGAGUCCACUAACGAUUACAUCAAGCGUCAGGCCAGUGUGUUUACCCAAUGCGGGCAUGUACUUCUCUGCUCCGAGAGAGUGUUAUAUUACAGGAUGGGGGGCACUGUUUAGUGGAGGACCUGCUCCAGAAACUCUCCAAGAAGCCAAAAUCGAGCUGAUUGAUAGUACAACCUGUAACAGCCGGCCGGUGUAUAAUGGACAAAUCACAGACAACAUGAUCUGUGCUGGCAAGCUGGCAGGUGGCGUGGACUCCUGUCAGGGGGACAGUGGGGGUCCUCUGGUUAUAAAAGAGAAUUCUCUAUGGUGGCUGCUUGGGGACACUAGCUGGGGUGAUGGAUGUGCUUUCAGAAAUAAGCCCGGAGUCUACGGAAAUGUGACCUACUUCCUUGACUGGAUAUAUGUACAGAUGCGGAAAUAUUAGUAUAAUAAUAUAUAUAUAUUGAAGAGCGACUGUUCCAAACUACUGACACUCGGGGAUUCUAAAAGAGGAUUUUUAAUGUCACCUGAGAUUUUCUUUGGUGCUCUUUCUUGUUUAUUUUAUUUUAUUUUAUUAUUGUUUUCUUCAUGAAUAUAAAUCUAAAAUAACCAAGGAUUUAUUUUCACUAGUACCAUUCAUUUUUGUGAAUUGCACAGUUUUCUACAAUAUGCACCUUGUUUUUAUGUAUAUUUUGUAUUAAGAACACGAUUGAACAAAUGAUUUAAUAAAAACCUAGAACCGA